AUGCGAGGAACUCAUAUAUUUAUAGUAUUGAUCUGCUAUGGGUUUUUGGAGGCAUUUGCAAGCCAAGCUCCGACUGCGGCAUCAAACCCGAGUCAAGUAAAGUCUGCAAGUGCGAAGGCUACUACAGAACCUCCAACUGGAGACGCUGAAGUUUCUGCAAAGAAAAUAAAAGAGCUUAUGAGCCAGGGAAAGGCUCUGCAAUCGUGCCUUGCUGGCACAGGUGGCAAGCCGUGCAUGGAGAAUGCAGAAAUAGACGAAAAGACCUUGAAGCUAAUAGAUGAAACUGUAGAGAUUGCAAAAGCUGCAAACCAAAAAGAAACUGCAGAGAAGGCUGAGGCCCUACAGAAAACAAAAGAAGAAAUUAAGAAAGAAAAAGAGAGCCUGACCAAGUCCGCAGAGCUUGCCAAGAAGCACGGCGAAGAGCUUCUGAAGGCGAAGACCGAGCAGGGCGAGCUGUGGGACAAGAUCUACCGCAGCAUCCAGCCGGCUACGAUUAAGAUGUUCAACUCUAGCGCAAACGUCUUCAGCAAAAGCAACCUCUCUGAAAGCGACCAAGCCAUUGGGAAGGACUACGACAAAUUCACUGAAACUCUCACCAGCGCCAUCAGCCUUAUCCCGGACGAUUACAAAAAAAUCUUCCGGAAUGUUAAGAAUGCUGGCACCCCAGUCUCUGUGAAGGAGUUCAACUCUAUUUUGUCUGGAUUUCUGGCAAGAGAAAGACUUUCGCAGAUAUUAAAGAACUUGACGGACGAAAAAGACAAGUUUAACCCAAACCAGAAGCUUCUGCACCCAAUGAACCACACGAAGUGCUAUCUCAUCCAGGGCGUUAUUGACCUCCAAAAGAAGAUCAACGAGAAGAAUGCUCCCGCCGAGUGCGUGAAGAAAUCAGAUGAACUCAUCGCUGCUCUGAUGAAGACAAAUGUCUUGGAGAGGUACCAAACCAUAGCAACUCUUUUCGAGGAAAAGUUUGACUUGAAAAAAGCUGUUCAGGAGAUAGAGAAGUACUGGGAUGCAGCAAUUUUGAUAGUAAAUGGUUCUAUCUCAGAGAUCACAAGCCCAACUGAAAGGCACCAUGAAGCCAAUGCUUCGAUUUUAGCAGGUCUUGCAGCCGUGAAAAAAAACACGUCCGAUGCUAUUCUUGCACUUGGAGAGAUUUUAAAGUCUCCCACUGCGAAAAAAGACAUUACGUCUCUUUGCACCAUAAAGAUCGACGAGAAGGAGGGGCUUCCUGUAGGCACUGAAGUUAUAAGCGAGCACAUGGUAGAGGACUGGCUGCAGAUUUCAGAGAACCGUACAUACACGACCAGCAUAGGAAUAAAGGCAGGAAAUGCCGUCUCUUCCAUAACUGGAGCGGCUUCUAGAUUUAUUUCAAGCAGAUUCACGAACAGCACAGACUCAUGGGACACCAGCCUGCUUGAGGGCAUUGAAAACCCCACCCAGGAGGUCAAGGCGGCUCUGGCGAGCAUAAGGCUGAUCAUAAGCAAUAAUGCGGUUAUUAUCAACGCCAUACACGAGCACUUGAGAGAGGUCUGCUCGCUUGAGGAAUCGGGUGCGCUGGGAAAUGUGUAUAAAGACGACAGUGAAAUAGGCCUGCUGAAAAAGAUGAUGGACCUGAAGAAUAUACUGCCAGACAUCAGCUUGCUUGCUUGCUGCUUGGAAAAGGAGCGCAUUCUGAGAAGCACCUCAGACAGCUCCAAGGAGAGAAAGUUUACUCCGCACUACGUAUGCGCUGCAGCCAAGUUCAUGGCUGAAGAGGAAGUAACCAACACAACGUUUGAAGCAGGGCAGAUAACAUACGCAGACUUCAUAGCAACCGACGCCAAUGCACAGGAGAUCAUAAAACACAUGAAGGAUGUUCUCUCAAAGUACAUAAAAGAGCUCAAGGAGUCAAAGGUCCUUUCGGAGGGCGUGAGCAGCGAGUCUCUGAAGGGCAUAGAAAAGUCUGCGUCUGAAAUAAAAGCCAAGCUGAGCCCAAGCAAGAGCAUAAACAUCGAGGCAGAGUACAGUAAAAUAACUGACUACCUGCACAUGAUGAAGAAGAGCCUGGGCGCGACUUCUAAAGUGUCGGGCGUGCUUGAGUUUUCUGCGCUGCGAAGCAAGAUGGUCGUCUUCAACGGCCUGGUCAACAUUCUCAAGCUGUACUCUUCAAAGAAGGAGCUCUUUAACGUGUAUGCACAGGGAGAAUUCCAGAAAAAGAUCGAGGGUUCUGUAGAGAAAGACCCCAGCAUAAAGGAAAUGAGUGAGCACCUUGGAAAGUGGAAGAGUGCCAUGUCCAAGGGCAUAACUGCAGUGCAGGAGCUGCUAGACCACCUCACUGGAGGCCUAGUGCCGGCUGCUCAAACAGAAGAAGCCGUCCCGAACAAAGAAGUGUCUGCUGUGCAGGCAUUCACCGGCAAAGGAUGGAUAAAGACAAAGAUCACAGCAUUCAUAUGCAUCCUCGCCAUUGUUGUGGCAUCGGUCGUAUGCUUUGUGAUGUCCAGAGUCAAAAAGCACAGGUCUAGCUGGCUAAGUUAA